CAUCAGACUAGAACCAGGAAACCAACAACUCAAUACCCUGAAACACGUCUCCAAUACAGAGAAUACACUUCAACCAUCAAUGCUAUCGAGCAGUGGGUGGAGAUCAAGACUUUUCAGAAUCUAUCUAAACUUCAUACUUUCAGACUCACUCUCGAAUAAUGCAUGGAAACCACUUCCUUAUUUAUCGGGCUGCAAAAAGUCACGGCUGGUUUUCUCUUGAGAUGAGGAUGGCUGGACAAUACCUGUUCAACUGGAUUGUAAUAUGCAUUCUGCUUGAGGGGAAAAUAUAUGGAGCGGUAGUGCAGGAACAGCAUGAGAGCCUGCAGCAGGUGACUGUGGGACAACGUGCUCUUCUACCCUGUCUGCUCCCACUCCCACGUCCCUCUCUGGGUAACAUCCGAGUGUACUGGCAAACAGACAAAACAGACCUGGUGGUUCACGUCUUCAACAAAGGCCAGGAGGAGUUUGGACAUCAGUCCUCCACCUACCACAACAGGACCCAGCUCUUCACCAGUCAGCUACAGUUUGGCAACUUCAGUCUGGAGUUAUGCAACGUCUCUGAGCAAGACAACCUCACCACCUUUCAAUGUAUUGCCUUUUACGAUGGAAGCGGAAGGCCUAAGUACCAGAACACUACUACCUUACUGGUGUUGAAGGAAGACGUGAAUCGAUCGCAUGAUGGCGGAGCUGGAAACACUACAUUGACUGCAGUGGCUGUUGCUUUGCUAGUGUUGAUCGUCAUUGUUUUGGUUUUGGUCUGGGGCAUGAGAAAACGUCGAAAAAAGUGGUGUGAUUCCUCUCCUGAAAAUGUCCGCCCUGUUAGAAUUUACUUUUUUAAAGCGCAAAGUGGAUCGACUGAGAGACCAGGAGCAGCAGGACGAGAGUGAAUCGACUCAGAGGGACCAGCAUCAGUAGGAGCCUCUGGUCAGCAACGGACAAAAAGGAGAGGACUGGAGAGGAGAGGACGAUCAGACGAUCAGACCAACAGCAGAGUUUAGCUGCUGAGACAGAGGAUUUUCUGUCCCAAAAGCCGACGAGAACACAUCCAAAUAGGUUACACACAGUAUUUAAACGGCUCAAAUCUGACUAUAUUUCAUUUACACAUUAUUGAGCAUACACAUUAGUAUUCAUUAGUAUCAACAAAUCAACAGACAAGGGCGAGAAGUGUAGCAACUAACAUAACCAGAUUCCAUUAAGACACACAUAAGAAUUUACCACACACACACAAAACAACAACAUACGUCGUACAGUGUAAUAGCAUCUGCUAGUUUAACAGUUCUAUUAGCCCAAAGGUCACAGUGGACAAGAACCUAACACACAAUAACUAUUUUAACCAAUCCAUAUCCCCAAUUUGCACAGCACACAGCAUAGGCCUAGACUUUAAUCAAAACUAUCAGUGUGAAACACUAUGAGCACUUCUUGGCAGCUCAUAAUACAGUUUUUCUCAGUCGCUUUGGUGCUUUUCUCAAAUUAGAAUGAAAAUUCUCAUAUUAGUUCAGCCUCCACAACAUUAAGUCAUUUGUGCACAUCAUAGUAGCAAUUUCUCCUUCCUCUGAACAAAUUGCAAAUGCUUUUGAACAUAUAUCAGUU